ACACCUCCACUGUAUAAUCUGAAGUUCAGCGCUGUCAACCGCACGGUGACGUCCGCAAAACGCUAUGAGUCAAGACACAAUACGAGGAAAUCCCCAAGGCCGAGAAAACGCUGAGAGGCCCCUUUAAAUCGACGCUUCCUCAACGCCGUGCCAACAGAGGGAGAGAGAGAAACAGCGCUGAUAAACAACAACACGAUUCUCAGAAGCGGCUUUUACCGAAUUCAGCUCUUUACUGCGGCCUCAAAGAAACGAAGGUUUGGCGGACUUCCCUUCUGUAGUUUCCAGUAUUUAGUCGUCUGUUGCCCAUACAUUCAUCGGUUAAUACCAUUGCGGAAGUGCGAAGCUUUCCAUCACGACACGAAGCUUGGGCUGUGCGGACAUCUAGCGGUCAGACACUAAAGGACGCCUCCCAGAGAUGUACGGUGCUUCAGGUAUCCCCGAGCUCAUCCCGCCCAGCGGGCCGCCCAGGCAGCCCGGCCCGGCGGGGCAGUUCAACCCAGGACACCCCCAGGUCAACGGCCACGGUGGCGGGCCCAACCCUCAGAGACUCGGACAGAGGGCACCCAAACUAGGCCAGAUCGGUCGGUCCAAGAAAGUGGACCUGGAUGAUGAAGACUUGGAUGACAUCAUGAACAACAAUGGGCAGUGCCCUGUAUCCCUGUCACCCAUCUCCUAAGCUUCACCAAGAAGUGCCAAAAAAGAAAACCCCUGGGUCGCCAAACCCACCCCCACACCCUCUGACAGCGAUCUUGGCCUUGCUCCUGUCAAGUGUCCUACUGAAGCUUCUUCAAGGCUAAAAAAUGGCUCAUUUAUCGCCUGUUGAAGCCCUGACUGUGUAUAUAGCGCUUAUUUAACUUAACUUUGGUCAGACUGUGAAUGAAUUCGUAUUGCAUCGCUCUCUACACUAUACCUCGGUAGGUAGUGGACUAUCAGGAUUUAAGAAAGAUUCGAAGGAAGUGUCUAUAUUUUUUCAGAGCUUCUUCUCAAGGGCUACAUUUUUAAAGUUGCACUGAGCAAACGGUUAGAUGACAAGCAUCCUCUCGCCUGCCUGUUUACUGGUGAGGGUUACUGAUUACCCGUGGGCUGCUUGUGUUGGAACACAAGCCUGUUAAUGUGUAUCGGACAGGUGAAAUGUUAAGCUUUGGUUGUGCAAUGACUAUCAUUCUCUACUCUCUCACUGAUCCAAGUGGUGUACUAUUAUCCAGUGGAUGAAAGCUCGCUAGUUGCUUUAAAAAACAAAAAAGAAAAGGAAAAAAGCUAAUGCUAAUAAUUUAUUAUUUAAAAAAUGAGACACUUUGUUGUGAUGUUACGGCAUCUGUUUGGUUUUGUGUUUUUUACUUGUUUCUGAGCAGGUAACGCUUCAGUCUGUGAGGUUUUUAUUAUGUUUCCAAAUGGUGCACUUUGUGGGAAUGCCUGUUAUGUGCAGUGACAUGUUGCAGAAUUCUAUGCAUGAAGCAUCAAAACCUGUGACUGGCAUCCUGUUAUUUAAGGGCUACGUAGUAGACUUUGAUAAACCAAACCACCGUUUUGCUCUUCAGAUCUGGUAGAGUCAGCGUUUCCCUGAGCUCACUGGUGGCUUUGAGCUGCUGACUCGGCAGUAAACAACAACGGCUUCAUAGAGCUUUCUGUGUGUUUCCUAAUGCAGGCUUUUCCAGUUUGGCUACAUGACUGUGAGGACAAAAAAAAACAAAAUGUGUACAGUAAAUGACUUUGAUGAAAUUGCCAAAUGAUUCCUGAUGCUACAUCAGAUUGAUGCUUAAAAAAAUUGACUCUUAUUGGCAUGCCGACGUGUAAAAAGUCAAACUUAAUUGUAUUUAUGUUUAUUUAUAAAAAGCACUAAUCUGCUUUGUGAACUACACCCACGUGGUGUGGUAAUGUCUUUCAGGUUUAAGUGAACUAUUGUGUCAGACUUUAUAAUUACAGUGUGAGGUCACAGAAACGAGCACCCUCGCUGCAGAGACAAUCUUUGGAUUUUUUUUAAGCUGGCAGCGACUCUCUCGGGUUGAGAUGGUGUUGUCUAUAAAAGGCGGCUCAUGUUGAUGUCAUGUUCCUGUUUUUUGCUGGCUCGUUACUUAUUUUGUUGGCGUCACAGGAGCACUGCACCUCACAGCUUGCUCUCUGACUCAAAGAUAGUUGUUUUGAUCUUUGCAUGGAAAUAACUUUUCAUAAAGCAUCCCGGGAAAUAAAACAUGAAUCUUUGUGGAA